AUGAAUGUCAUAGGUUUGAGAGUCUUCCCUCUAUCAUUGACCGGUGAUGUUGUGCUGUUGUUUUCUGAGCUUCCAUAUAACUCGAUUCAUACAUGGAACCAAUUGCAUAAGGUGUUCAUGGCAAAUUAUUUCCCAUUGUCUAAGAAGCUGAAUCACAAGGACAAACUGAACAAUUUUGUAGCACUACCUAGUGAGUCUGUAAGCAGUUCAUGGGAUAGGUUCACUUCAUACAUAAGAAGUAUUCUAAAUCACCGCAUAGAUGAUGAGUCACUGAAUGAUUACUUCUACAGAGGUCAGGAUGAUAAUGGAAAGGUUGUGCUUGAUACUGUUGGUGGAGCAUCAUAUGGUGAGUGCCCUUUUGAGGAGAUCGCUGAGAAACUAGAGAAUAUUUCCCAAAAUAAUAAGGCAUGGAGCACUAGAAAGUCAAACACUAGUAGAAGAACAUUUGUAGUUCAAGUAGCACCUAGUCAAUCCAGUGAUGAUAUUCGUGAAAAGAUAGCUCAAAUGAGGACAAAACUGGGUUUGGUACUAAAGCGUGUGACCGGAGGUGCAGAGAAGGUGAAUGCGGUAAACUAUCUAACUAGAAAUCCACCACCACCAGUUGAGGAAUGCUACUAUGAGGAGGAUGGGAAUGACAGAGUUGGGCCCUAUGUUCCACCUGGGAACAGGGAAUCUGGUAAUAGAGAAGCUGGGGGAAGUAUGUCGCGCGUUGAGGAUAUGAUUGAAAAGAUGAUGAAGAGCUUUGAUGCUACUGAUCAGAAUGUGAAAGAGAUGUGCACUGAGUUAUCUGGGAUUGGUCAAAAAGUUGAUGCUCAUGCAGUGUUAAUAAAGAAACUUGAGCAGCAGUUUAACUCGCAGAGAAAGCAAACUAUUGAUCUCCCUAUUCCAUCUGAUGUGGGAAAAGUGGUAGAAACAUAUGAGGAUGAGGUUAAGGUUACUGGAGAGACGAAAGAUGUUGCAGAAAAGAACGCCAAGUUGAAUCAGAAGGUUGUUCCCAUGCCUAAACCUCCACCUUCGUUCCCACAGAGGUUAGUGAAGAAGACUGAAGAAGCAAAAUACCGUAGGUUCAUGACUAUGUUGAAACAACUUUCCAUUAAUGUCCCGUUGAUAGAAGUUUUGGAGAAAAUGCCUGGGUAUGCGAAAUUCAUGAAGGACUUGGUAACCAAAAAGAGGGCAGUGAGUAUUGAGAGUGAUGAGAGGUUGCAACAUUGUAGUGCCAUGUCCACGAGGUCACUGGUGCAAAAGAAAGAGGAUUCUAGAGCUUUCACUAUUCUUUGCACCAUCGGUAAGAUGCACUUUGCAAAGGCCUUAUGUGAUUUGGGUGCCACUAUUAAUUUGAUGCUAUUGUCGAUUUAUAAGAAAUUGGGUUUAGGGGUGCCAAAGCCAACUGCAAUGUGUUUACUUAUGGCUGAUAGAACUGUGAUAAAGUCCAUUAGAGUGCUGCAAGAUGUCCUUGUGAAAGUGGGGUCAUUCAUUUUUCCUGCGAACUUUGUGAUACUUGAUUGCGAGGUUGACUUUGAGGUUCCCAUUAUCUUAGGGAGACCAUUCCUUGCUGGUGGGCAUGCCUUAGUUGAUAUGGAGAGAGGGCAGAUGAAAUUCAAGUCCCAGUGGACUGGACCAUUCAGAGUGACCCAAGAGUUUCCACAUGGAGUGGUUGAGCUCAAGAAAAGGAAGGGGACAAAGUUCAAGGCCAACCACCAGAGGAUGAAAAGUUAUAUGGGAGAUUCUGAGAGUGUCAAUGCAUUGAUAGAGGCAUGGCACGUUGAUGAAGUCCGAGGGCGAAAGGCAAAAUCCAUAGAAAAACAGAUGUACAGAAGUCUAUGGACCCUAUCGACGGUCCAUUGGUCAAUCCACGGACCACGAAUGGCGUCUGUAGAUCCCAGGCUUAUUCGGAAUGACUCCAAUUUAGUUGCACCUCAUAAGGAGCCACAUAUUGAGGUAUUACCAUUGGGAGAUCUUGCUGCAGAUGUGGAGCAGAUGCAGGUUGAUGACACUGCCCUUACAGUGGAUGCCCAGGCUCAUCCGUCUUCGGCUACAGUCAGUCCCCUAGCUCCUCUCGAGCCACGCCCCCCUUUCGAGUCCACUCUUGUUCCUCUAGCCCAACUUUAG